AUGAGUGAAAGUUCUCAUUUGUCGACAUCUGAAAGGAUUGAAAUUGUAAAAUGGUAUACUAUGUACCAGAAUGGAGGUGAAGUUGCUCGUCAGUUUCAACAAUGUUAUGAUCGAACUCCUGCAACACGAAAGAAUAUUUUGAAUCUCGUACGAAAAUUUGAUGAAACCGGAAGUGUUGAAGAUGAAUCCAGAUCUGUCAGUACCGAUGAAAAUAAAGAACGUCUUCGUGCAGCUUUUGAAGAAAGUCCUGCAACAUCAUUAAGAAGGGCGUCAUUGGAUUUAAUUCUGUUUAAAAGCAGUCUUCAACGAAUAAUGAAGGAGCUGGGAUUGAAGCCUUAUCGUCCUUAA